AUGGAAUACCAGAAAAAUCUUUACAGUGUUACAGUAGUGUUGAUACUUUUGAUCGUUGGUGUGUUGUAUAUUUUCGUCUCAAACCCUGAAAAGGGCAGGCAGCUUUUCUCUCCAUUCCAGAAGUCUCAGUGUCAACAGACUCAAAUCUCAAAGACAUUUAACAUGACCAUCAAGAGGGAUGAGCUUGAUGAGGCAUUGGCCAAAGCUUCAACACAAGACAAGACAGUGAUAAUCGCCAUUAUAAACAAAGCCUACGUCGAGGGAGACAAGUCAAUGCUCGAUCUAUUCUUGGAUGGUUUCUGGCUUGGCGACGAUACUCGGACCUUAACCGAUCACCUGUUGAUGGUUGCCGUCGAUCAAACAUCCUAUGAACGGUGCAAGUUUCUCCGGCUCCACUGCUACAAGCUUGAAACAGAUGGUGUAGAGUUUGGAGGCGAGAAACUGUACAUGUCUAGUGAUUUUCUCAAGAUGAUGUGGAGGAGAACCCUAUUUCUCGGUGAAGUGCUCAAACGUGGUUACAACUUCAUCUUUACGGACACUGAUGUACUGUGGCUAAGAGAUCCAUUCCCAAGGCUGAGCCUAAACGAAACCAUGGACCUCCAAAUCAGCACCGACGAGUUCUCUGGCGACCCAUGGUCGGAAUCAAACACCAUCAACACAGGCUUCUACAUGAUCAGAUCAAACAAGAAGACUAUAACCCUUUUUGAAAAAUUGUACGAGAAGAAAGACAACUCCACCGGAAUGAAAGAACAAGACGUUCUUCAGAGACUGAUUCACGAUGGUUUGUUCAGAGAAUUAGGCCUUAGGGUUAGGUUCUUGGACACCCUUUACUUCAGUGGAUUCUGUGAAAACAGUAGAGACGUUAGUGUUGUGAUAACUUUUCAUGCGAAUUGUUGUCGGAGUAUAACCGCAAAGGUGGCUGAUCUGACGGCUGCUAUUCAUGAUUGGAAGAGGUUUCGGAGCUUAUCUACCAAUGAGACGGCGAGGUUUCAUUGGUCAGAUCAUGUUGCCUGUGUUGACUCAUGGAAACAUUGA